UUUAUUUAGCCAAAAAUUUUAAAAAUUCAGUAAUAAGUCAUCAAAAACUAAAAAAACAAACAACUUAAAUUUUGAAAGCAAAUUGCUUUCAUCAGAAAACCAAAAAAACAAACGUCACCUAAGUGUUUUAAUUAUGGAGGUUUGGGAUAUGCUUUUAUCGAUUGUCCUACUCCUAAGGGCAUUAAAUAAACCCAUGUAUGCUUCUUGGAGUGACACUAGCUCUAAUGAGAGUGAUUCCACAACAUUUGAGAAUAAAAGGUAUGACACAAUUAUUUUUUAGCUUUUGUUGCAUCUAUUAAAUCUGAACAUGACUUAAAAGCAAGAAUAUCAAGUUUAGCAAAAAUAAAAAAUAAAAAUUAUGACCUUGAUGAGCUGCUUGGAAAUAUGAAUUGAAAAGGGAGGGUAUUUUAGGAAUAUGAAAAAUUGUAACGGCUACUUGGAAGACGACCGUUGGAAAUGAGGGCUCUUAGAGGCUCCAAAGUCCGAGGCAAAUAAUAUAGAGCAAGGUGGCCGCGUUUAGCUGACACAUUCGGAGGGGUUCCUUAUCCUCACCUCGGCGGCACCAAGUCCCAGUUCGGAGAUCACAGCCAUGAACAUCUUCAGGAAGAAAACCUCACCUAAAGAUGCACUCCGGACAAGCAAACGAGAAAUGUCUGUUGCAACAAGAGGUAUUGAACGAGAGAUUUCAUCCCUGCAAUUGGAGGAGAAGAAAUUGGUGGCCGAGAUCAAGAAAACGGCUAAAACUGGGAAUGAGGCUGCCACCAGAAUCUUAGCUCGUCAACUUGUUCGGCUACGGCAACAAAUAACUAAUUUGCAGGGGAGUCGUGCCCAAAUCAGGGGUGUAGCAACUCAUACACAGGCACUGUAUGCCAGUACCUCAAUUUCCACUGGGAUGAAAGGCGCAACUAAAGCAAUGGUGGCCAUGAACAAGCAAAUGGCACCUGCAAAACAAGUUAAAGUGAUCAAAGAAUUCCAGAAGCAGUCAGCACAAAUGGAUAUGACGAUUGAGAUGAUGUCAGAAUCCAUUGAUGAAACUUUAGACAAAGAUGAGGCCGAAGAGGAAACAGAGGAGCUCACGAACCAGGUUCUGGAUGAGAUUGGCGUGGACAUUGCAUCACAGUUAUCAUCAGCUCCAAAAGGCCGGAUUGGAUCAAAGAAGGUCGAAAAUGUUGUUCCGAGCUCUGAAUCUCCCGAUGUUGAGGAACUCGAAAAGAGGUUGGCCUCUCUGCGACGUAUCUGACCUGAAAAGCAUAGUGAUUGGCUCCUGCUCAGCAAAGUAGCCUUGUUUUUUUUUUUUCCUUUGUAAAUAUUGUCCAGUGGAAAACGAAGCAAAAUGGGUGUGGAUUUUUCCUUCCGAUGCAGACAGAUACUAUUUUUAAUCGCCAAUUAUGGUGGAUAUAUAUAUAGAAGGAUGUUACAAACUUUUCUCGAA